AUGGCUUACCAAGAAAAACCAUCUGGUCUUCCACCCGGAUACAAAAGCGGUGGCUUGAGGGCUUACUUCUCCACAACAAUUUCACCAUCGUUGCAAUCUCAGUCCAAAUUGAGAGAUGUGGACCAAUUCUUCCUAUUUGGGCUAGGUGGAUUAGCGUUUCUUACACGCUUCUACAAACUCCCGGAACCGCCCAAAGUAGUGUUUGAUGAGGUGCAUUUCGGAGGAUAUGUUAAGAAUUACUUCGACGGUGAGUUUUUCGUGGAUGUUCAUCCCCCAUUAGCGAAACUCAUCUAUUACUGGAUCGCAGUAUUGUUCAAAUGGAACGGUGAGUUUGACUUCAACAAAAUUGGUGAUGUUUACGAUGUCUCUGUUCCUUUCCUUGCCAUGAGAUCCUUUUCUGCAUUUUGUGGUGCCCUCACUGUCCUUUUGACUUAUCUUACCCUCAGGACCUCUGCUUGUCGUCCUUCAACUGCGCUUUUCGGAGCUGUUCUUCUGCUUGUGGAGAACUCGUUAGCCACGCAGUCGAGGUUCAUUUUUCUCGAUGCUCCAUUGAUAUUUUUCACUGCUUUAGUGACUCUUUUGUUUGGUAAAUUCCAAUUGGCCGUGCCUUUUUCAGGAAAAUGGUAUAGAUAUUUGUUGGCUACUGGACUUGCAUUGGGAUUGACCAUUUCUACAAAGCUCCCCGGUUUCUUCACCCUUGCCUGGGUCGGAGUUUGGUCCUUGUACCGGAUCUGGUGCUAUGUGGGUGAUUUGGAUGUGACAUACUUCCAAUUGUUUGGCCAUAUCGUUUUCAGAGUCAUAGGACUCUUCCUUGUUCCCGUGACAGUAUAUUGUGGAAUCUUCGCUACUCACUUUAGACUUCUUCCCAACAACGGGCCAGGAUCUGGGUUCGUCUCCCCUCAAUUCCGCGCGGGAUUUGUCGACUCUGAUAUGAUCAGAAACACGGCUGUCGAUGUGAGCUAUGGAAGUACUAUUACGGUCAAACACCAUAGACUGGACAUGUAUUUGCAUUCACACAAGUACGUCUACAAGACGGGAACAAAGCAGCAGCAGGUUACCAUGUAUGGCUUUGCUGAUGAUAACAAUAGUAAGUGGGUGAUUGAAACUACCGGAGUCAAUUAUGACAGGAAAUUUGACACCAAGUUCCGUGCGAUCAAAGAUGGAGAUUCCGUGAAACUUUACCAUAAGCUCACCAAAAAGUAUUUGCGUGCUAGUGAUGUGCGUCCACCUAACUCUGAACACGACUACUCUAAUGAGGUCUCUUGCCAUGGUAAUAGAACGGACACUGCAGAAUCUAACUACGAGUGGAGAGUGAGGAUUAUCGGGAAGAAACCUCAUGCAGAAAACCAGCUUCCUCUUCGAAAGUUGAGAGCUACAGAGAGUGUGUUCCAACUCGUGCACAAGGGGACAAACUGUGUUCUAAUGGGCCACGGUACUCACCUUCCUGGGUGGGCCUUCCACCAGAACCAGGUCCUUUGUGUGAACGAUCCUACCAUUGCCAAUACGUUGUGGUAUAUCGAGAACAACAACCAUAUAAUCAUUGACAACGAUAAUGCAACCUAUCCUAGAGUCAAACUCCCGGAGCUUCUGUUGUUCAGAAAAAUCUUGGAGUACCACCACUCGAUGUGGAGAACCAAUAAUGGAUUUGUCAAAGAACAUCCUUACCAAUCCAUUCCAUUUAGCUGGCUAUUUGAUAUCAGGGGAAUCAAUUACUUUAGCAACGGCCAUGGGAAUGAGAAGUUGACUGAUGAGGAUGGUAGUCACAUCUACUUUCUUGGGAACGUGGUCAUCUACUUUACGGGAGUAUUUGUGAUUUUGCUGUUCGCAGCCAAAUUUGCAUUAUACUUUUUAUGGCACUUGAACCCUUUCAAGAUCCCUAACGAACAAUUUUCAGAGACAAAGUUUUAUUUCAUCUCCUUGCAGUAUGUGACAGGCUGGUUCUUCAACUUUUUUCCUUAUUUGCAAAUGAGCCGUCUGCUAUUUGCACACCACUAUUUGCCAAGUGUGUUCUUCAUGAUCUUAGUCAUUGCACAGUUUAUGGAGUAUCAGUCCACAUUGCGUCCUAUUACUGCUAAUGCUCUAAUGGUCAUCAUAGGAGGAGCUUCAAUCUUCUUCUUUGUCAAAUUUUCACCCUUGGUGUACGGUCUGCACUGGACUGUCAGUCAGUGUCAGCAAGCUAAGUGGUUCCCAACCUGGGAUUUUGAUUGCAUGGCUUAUAGUCACUGA